UGAGGAGAUGAAGGUACUCCCUGCAUCUGGCCUCGCUCUCCUCCUCGUCACGGCUUUGAACUUUUCCACUGCGGCCCCCUCCCUAUUUGCAGCCACCCCCAGGACCUCAAGGAACAACUACCACCUCAUACAGGCGUAUCUUGACAAGUACUACACAAAGAAAGGAGGGCACCAGGUUGGUGAGAUCGUUUCACGAGGAAGCAAUUCCAUGGUAAAGAAGAUUAAGGAGCUGCAAGCGUUCUUUGGCCUCCAAGUCACGGGGAAGUUAGACCGGUCCACAAUGGAUGUGAUUAAGAGGCCUCGCUGUGGGGUCCCUGAUGUGGCAAACUACCGCCUCUUCCCAGGGGAACCCAAAUGGAAAAAAAAUACUUUGACAUACAGAGUAUCCAAAUACACAUCUUCGAUGCCUUCUGCUGACGUGGACAAAGCUAUAGAGAUGGCCUUACAGGCCUGGAGUAGUGCCGUCCCUCUGAACUUUGUGAGAAUCAACUCAGGAGAAGCCGAUAUUAUGAUAUCUUUUGAAACGGGAGAUCACGGGGAUUCCUACCCGUUCGAUGGGCCUCGAGGGACUUUAGCCCAUGCAUUUGCACCUGGAGAAGGCCUGGGAGGAGAUACACAUUUCGACAAUGCUGAGAAGUGGACUAUGGGAACGAAUGGUUUCAAUUUAUUCACCGUUGCUGCUCAUGAAUUUGGCCACGCACUGGGCCUGGCCCAUUCCACCGACCCCACAGCGCUGAUGUACCCAACUUAUAAGUACCAGCAUCCCUAUGGAUUCCACCUCCCCAAGGAUGACGUGAAAGGGAUCCAGGCAUUGUAUGGACCUCGGAAAACAUUUCCGGGAAAGCCCACUGUGCCCCACGUGCCCCCUCAUACUCCGUCCAACCCCGACCUCUGUGACUCCAGCUCAUCCUUUGAUGCAGUGACAAUGUUGGGGAAGGAGCUCCUGUUCUUCAAGGACCGGAUUUUCUGGCGUCGGCAGGUUCACCCGAUGGCAGGGAUCCGGCCCAGCACCAUUACCAGCUCCUUCCCCCAGCUUAUGUCCAAUGUGGAUGCAGCUUACGAAGUGGCUGAGAGGGGCACCGCUUACUUCUUUAAAGGCCCCCACUACUGGAUAACAAGAGGAUUCCAAAUGCAAGGUCCUCCUCGGACUAUUUAUGACUUUGGGUUCCCCAGGUACGUGCAGCGAAUAGAUGCUGCCGUCUAUCUGAAGGAUGCGCAGAAGACCCUUUUCUUUGUGGGAGAUGAAUACUACAGCUAUGAUGAACGAAAAAGGAAAAUGGAAAAAGACUAUCCAAAGAAUACUGAAGAGGAAUUUUCAGGAGUAAAUGGCCAAAUAGAUGCUGCUGUGGAAUUGAAUGGCUACAUUUACUUCUUUUCAGGACCAAAAGCGUACAAGUAUGAUACAGAGAAGGAAGAUGUGGUUAGUGUGCUGAAAUCUAGUUCCUGGAUUGGUUGCUAAAUAGAAAGGUCUAGUCUUUCCUAAGGAACGAAGACUGCAAGCAGCUGGUAACUGGAUCUAAGGACUAAAGCAGAAUGUAGGGUAGGGAUUCUUCCCAUGGCCUUCAAUUCUAAGGGUGUUUUAAAGUUCAUUGAAAAUAAUUAUGCUUCUAAUUUUUUUCAUAGCUGUGGAUUCAUAAUUUUAAUCCAAAUGAGAAAUUCCUAUCUGGUUGACUUCAUACAAAAUCAAAAACUCUUCGAUUAGACACCUAUUAUUUUUUUCUUAGCUAAUAUAGUGAAGCAAAUGGAUAAAUUUGGUUUUUAUUUCCAAAAAGAAGCCUACUUGUGAAUUCCCUGAUGAGUAUUAUAAUUCUUUUAAUAGGAAAUGUCAUUACCAUACAAAUUAUAAUUAUUCUUUACAAGUAGUGGCUUUGUGGCCUUAACAUUUGUGAUGAUGAAUAUAAAUUUGUCCACCUAUACUUUAAACAUAUCACAA